CACAUAAUAAUCUUUAUAAUUAUUAUAAUUAAUAUAUACCGGAAAAAUCAUACGACUGGUGGUCACAGCAGCCAGAGUUACCGGAUCUUUGUUUGCUCCUAGGAUACCAACACCAUGGACUGCCAUACUAUGAGCACUUCAACACAAGGGCUGUUAUCUGGUCAAUUUGGUUACAAACACAUAUCAUGGUUUUUAUGGCCAAAUAGAAUUUCAAGUCUGGCAAUUACAAAUGGAUAUCAGUAUAAUUUGAUUCCUUGGUGUUCGAGGAAGGAUAUGCGGAAGUUAUCUUAUAUAGAUCCAGAUUGUCUGAAACAUGGUAUACGCUAUGCCCAUUUGAGAGUAUUUUGUUUGCCCACUAUUCUUGAGGAAGAAUUUUCGGCAAUGCAGUCAAAAAAUUACUCAAAAGGUGGUGAACACGGUUUAAAGGCAUCCUCCGAAGACCUUCAUGAACAACCAAUUGAUAAUGAUCAGUUAAAGUCACUUCUUGCUGAUGCUGAGAGGUCAAAGCUCUUAAAGAAGCUGAGUGAGGCUAAUCAGCACAACCGCUAUCUCAAGCGCCAGAUGCUUGUAAGGGAGGAUGCUUUUGCUCAGUUUAAAAGUGAACUUGCUGUCACUGAACUCGAGAUCCAGGCAUUGGUAAAUAUGGCAAAAGAAAUCGCUAGCUAUGGAAUCCCAGCAGGGUCAAGAAAAAUAAAUGGGAAAUACAUUCAGUCUCUUCUUCUUUUGCAAUUACAAGGCAUCCAAGAGAAAUUAAAGAAACAAAUAAGGGAUGUAGAACUUGCACAGUCGAAAGAGGUGUCAUUAUUCUGGUCUGGCAUGGCAGAGAGUGUGCAAGUAAUGGGCUCAUUUGAUGGCUGGAGUCAUGGAGAAUACUUAUCAGCAGAGUAUACCGGUUCUUACACUAGGUUCUCCACGUCAAUAAUGCUUAGACCUGGAAGGUAUGAAAUCAAGUUCUUGGUGGAUGGUGAGUGGCUACUAUCACAGGAUUACCCAACUGUUGGAGAGGGCUUAAUGGAGAACAACUUGUUAAUCGUUGAGUAGCACUCGAGCGUGUGAAGCUAAUUAUAGAUAACGUGCCAAGUGUUUGAACUAGCUUAAUGGGUAUGAAUGCUUCUUUUUAGCCAUUUUGUACUACUUUCUUGCGAACAGUGUAUAUAUAAAUGAAAGUUGAACAUUCUACCAUA